AUGGGGAAAGAUCAGGAACUCUUGCAGGCGGUGAAGACUGAGGACCUGCUCACGGCGCAGCGGCUACUGCAGAGACCCAAACAGGGCAAAUCCAAGCUUCUGGGUUCUGCCAAACGGAUCAACGUCAAUUUCCAGGACACAGAUGGGUUCUCAGCCCUUCAUCAUGCUGCUUUGAAUGGUAACAUGGAGCUAAUAGCGCUGCUGCUGGAGUCACAAGCCGUCGUUGACAUCAAAGAUCACAAAGGGAUGCGACCGCUGCACUACGCCGCCUGGCAGGGAAAAUGCGAGCCAAUGAAAAUGCUCCUGAAGGCGGGAUCAUCAGUCAACAGCCAAUCAGACGAGGGACAGAUUCCACUGCACCUCUCAUCACAACACGGCCAUUAUGAUGGAAGUGAGAUGCUCUUGCAGCACCAGUCCAACCCCUGCAUCAGAGAUCACGCUGGAAAAACCCCUCUGGACCUGGCCUGCGAAUUUGGACGCGUCUCGGUGGUUCAGCUCCUCCUAAGCAGCAAUAUGUGCGCCGCUAUGUUGGAGCCAAAACCGUCAGAUCCCAACGGCAUCAGCCCUCUUCACCUGGCCGCCAAAAACGGACACAUCGACAUCAUCAAAUUGCUAAUCCAGGCUGGCAUAGACAUAAACCGGCAGACGAAAUCUGGCACGGCUCUGCACGAGGCUGCACUGUGCGGGAAAACCGAUGCCGUUCGCCUUCUUCUAGAUAGUGGUAUUAGUGCCAGUGUGAGGAACACGUACUGCCAGACGGCCCUGGACAUCGUAAACCAGUUCACCACGACACAAGCCAGCCGAGAGAUCAAACAGAUGCUGAGAGAUGCGUCGGCAGCCAUGCAGGUGAGGGCGCUCAAAGACUACUGCAAUAACUACGACCUGACGAGCCUCAACAUCAAAGCUGGUGACAUCAUCACGGUCCUGGAGCAGCACUCUGACGGCCGCUGGAAAGGCUGUAUCCACGACAACCGGACAGGAAAUGACCGUGUCGGCUACUUCCCCUCCAACAUGGUGGAGGUCAUCAAGAGGGCAGGUUCCCGAGGUUCUGUGUCCAGUCCCCAUGGCUCCCCGACGUUAAGUGGCCAGCAGAGCAGUUCCAGCGAGGAGAUCUGGGUCUUGAGGAAACCUUUAGCAGGUGGUGGCAGCACAGGGAGUCUGACCAGCGGGCGCUCAUCAGUCAGUGGUUCAGUGGACAACGCAAACGUUCAUCUUGCAAGCUCGCCCGUGCCUGUCCCAACUACACCAACACAUUCCCCAGGAAUCAACACGCAUGGAGUAAAUGUGCCUGGGCUACAUGCACAGGCAGAGGGAGUUAAGUUGCUGGCCACCGUGUUGUCUCAGUCGGCCAAAGCGAAAGAACAUCUUCUGGAGCAGGAACCUAGUGCAGCUUCCUCGCAACUUACCCAGAGUGCAACUGGUGGCCCACGUCCAGAAAAGAAAAAAACAUUUGUUGAUCCUUUACUACAGAGAAAAGACAGUGUCGCAACAGAAAGCAAGAGUUCAGAGGCUGUAGCUGAAUGGCUUAAUAGCGCUCAGCUGCAGUUUUACACCACAAACUUCCUGACAGCAGGAUAUGACCUUCAGACCAUCAGCAGAAUGACAUCAGAGGAUCUCACAGCAAUCGGGGUGACAAAACCUGGACACAGAAAAAAGAUGUUGUCCGAGAUUGCCAAGCUGAGCAUUCCUGACUGGAUACCUAAAGAGAAAACUACUAGCCUAGCUGAGUGGUUGUCCCUGAUUGGACUUAGUCAGUACUAUCAGACUUUGGUCCAAAAUGGAUAUGACAACAUGGACUUUGUCAGUGACAUUACCUUGGAGGACUUGCAGGAGAUCGGCAUCACCAAGCUGGGGCAUCAGAAGAAGUUAAUGUUAGCUGUUAACCGCCUGGGAGAACCUCCAAAAGAAGAAACAUUCAGUAAGGAAAGGCAGACAGAAGAAAGCACAACCGUGAAAGACCAAGCCGUUCCAGAAUCCACCCCUGCUCCAAGGAUGCGCAAAGGAACAGAAGGACGUAGCUCUCCACGGCAUACCACCCAGGGACGGGGAAUACAGAGAGCAAAUGCUCCACCUCCCCUAAAAAAGCUUGUGUCAUCCAGCAGUCCAUCCCACACACCACCACAUACACCCACAAAAGUCAAAAGCUCCUCGUCUUGCUCGAAUUCUCAAGUUCACCAAGUCCCAUUGCUUUGUCUUCCCCAAGAAAACGCAGCUGAUGAAGAUGAAGAUGGCACACCUCCUUUACCCAGACGGAAAGACCCGCCCUUCCCUGACAUAUCAAUGAAGUACGCCACAGUGGGUGGAUCCAACCGUACUACGUCAUCCUUGGAUGUUGGAGGAGUAAACCGUAGCCAGUCUUUUGCCACGACACGACCUCGAAGGAAGACACGACCCCCAACUCCGCCAAAGCGCUCUUGCUCCUCCAUCUCCACAGGGAAUUUGCAAAAUGAGGGCGAGGUUAACCAAGGCGAACCUUGCGAUUCGUUUCUAAGUGUUACAUAUAGAGAACGACGCCGAAGUGACUGUGGCCCUGCGUCCGAAUCAGGGGUUUUAGGAGGAAGUGUUCGAGACAUUGCUGCCAUGUUAGAAAUGUCCACUUUAGGAGGCAGAGCCAAAGAUGCUAGCCGAAAUUACUUGCAGGCAAGCCCGGACAUCCUCAGACGAAACCGGGAUGCCCUGAGUUUAGAUGAUGAGAUCCAGAGCCGCCGUCGCACCAUCAGUGGCCCCAUAGCUGACCACGAGAAUUCCACUGACCAGCAAGAAAGCACACAACAUGGUGAAAUUAACAAAUCUUCACAAAUUCCUCAUGAACCAGUAGAAAGACCCCCUGUGAGGCGAACUCCAGAGCCCCGCCCCCGCUCCAUGCUCACUCAAGAAGAGUGGUCACGUGUUGAUGCCACAGCGACCUUGAGGAGGUCCCGUACACCUAACAAUUCAGGUGGUGAGAGGUUUCAGCUCACCGAGACCAGCACUGUGAGACGACGGCCAAAAGUAACAGCACCCACUCAUAGGGAUGAUGGAGCUGGACCAGAUCCUGUUAUUCGUGUAAGACCUGUUUCAGAGGUAGAAAGUUUAUAUAGGGAAAGCGAUAUGAGUGAUGAUUUCAGACGAGCUCUAAAGCCUCCAGUUUCCCCCAAACCAGCUCUAGGGCUCAGGAAGGCUGAGCCCCCCACUCCAACCAGGAGAGUCCCACUUCCAGGACCAGAGAACACACACAGCACAGUGGAUGGUAAAAAAGUUCCUCCACCUGUGUCUUCAAAGCCAAGCCCACCUCCUACACUUCCUAAACCAAUCAAAAUGAAGACCCUACCAGCUCACACACUUAGCCCACCCAGUGACCUAAACACACACCCACACUCUCCUACUGUUCUCACAGAGCAAGUUGAGCACCCUGUACUUAGUCCAUCUACCCUGAUUCCAAAACUAGCAGAAUCUCAAACUUUGUCUCCACGACCUUUGACGUCUCCUGUUCAGAGCCCCCAAACGCCACAAACUCCUUCUACCCCCGGGUGCGGAUCUGCCCCAGUCAAGCCCCCAAGAUCUUUCAUGGCAGGGUUGUCAGUGGACAUUCCUAGUCCUUUUGAGGUAGAGCCACGAGAGGUGGAAAAACAUGAGGCUGGUGAGCAGAAGAGACAGAGAAGGGAGUUAGCAGUCAUCAGUGGGAAAGAGAUGGGGACAUCCAAUGAAGUCACAAGGGUCACUGAGGAGUCAGGGCAGGUGCUGAUGAGGCACAAGAAGGUGGGUGUGGCCAGACAGAUGCCGAUUGAGGGAGAGAUCGAAGGCGUAACACAAGAUGCUGGUGUAAUUGGAGAAGAAAUUCAAAAGGGGGCGCCAAAUGCCAGCGGAUCGGAUGAAGUCAGAAUUCAUGGAGAAGAAAUUAACCAGCUAAGGCUGGAUGAGACCAGCGCCUCCUUAGCUGCAGCACUGGAGUUUGUAGAGGAAAGGAUCAUGACUAAAGACAAUUCUGCGAUUGAAAAUAAAAGCACAGUGAACAUUCUUGAUGACAUUGGAAGCAUGUUUGAUGACCUUGCUGACCAGUUGGAUGCCAUGCUGGAUUAAAAACAAAUAAGCACAAAAAAAAUAGACAUAAAAGCACAGCAGAUUGUUCAUGUGACGACAGAUCUGUUUAAAGCCAUGCUUUAAUAAUCACAGGAAUUUAAGGGGGAAUUAUGCUAAACAAUAUGAUUAAAACAUUUACUGAUGUUAUGAAGAAUAAAAGUUAUGAAGCUUUUAGGUGGCAGAGAUCCAGGGUUUAAACUAUUAAAUCCAGAAACAGUUACGUUUGGUGAAGCCUUUGGAGCCAGGAGGUAUGGACUACUCUUAUGCUGCUUCCAGAGAUUAAGCACAAUGAAAUGCUUUUAAAUGCUACUUAAACCUUGUUAAGGUCAUGAAAUGCUAGCAAUGUAUCAGAGUGUAUGUGCGUGUAUGUUUUAUGUGUGUACUAAGUUUGGGCUUCCUUCACUUGCGAUCAACAUUUGCAUAUUAUUUUUUUUUAAAUAAUAAUAAUUGGAAUCACCUUUUUGUGCUUUACUGUGAAGCUGGCUACAAGGUGUGUCUCUAACACAUAUUUCAAAGGGGAACGCAAGAUACAUUUUAAAAAGUAUGGUACAUUAAAAGUUGACGAAUAUUGCUAGGUAAAAAGGUAGGAGAAGCCAUUUAAUGGGUUCCCCUUUGAAUCCAUAUUCUAAAGCAAAAAAAAAAAAAAAAAAAAAAAGAUGUUGUGAUCCUUAUGUUGUCACUGUAGUUGUUUGUGUGUGUGAAUGUGUAUAACUGUGAACUCUUUGCAUCGACAAAUCCAAGUUUUCAGCAGAUAGGACAGUGUCAUUUAUAAAUUAUCAUUUAUAGAUGCAGCGUGAUGUAGUGUAAAUGUGACAUAUAGAUUACAGAGUAGGAUUUGGAAUGCACCAAGCUCCCCUACUGUCCCAAUUAAUGUGAACAAGCAUUAUGGGUCGUACUCAGAGUCCACAGUUAGAGGUUUAGAGAAAAACCUUUGUUUUAGGCAAACUGUGCAUAACUCUCCAGUAACUUCUGAGUAGCACGUGAUUCUGCAGUCUGAAUGAACAGUUUCAAUAUUAAACCUGCAUUGAACUCUGAAUACAGCCCUCUCUUACUCUUUGUGUGUGUGUGUGUGUGCGUGCACACGGGUGGGUGUGUGGGUGUAAAUGUAUGUGUUUAAGAUGCAAAAUGAGAUAAGUUUUUAUGUCUUGCAUAUGCACUGGUUCAGAGAGCUUGCAGUCAAGGCAAUAGCGGCCAAAAAACACAAUUUAGUGUAUGUUAUAUAAUUACAGAGCAAUAUUUCUAUCAACUCCAUAAUUUUAGUUUUUUGACAAUCUGUUAUCAUGUUUUAUUAAUUCUUCUAAAGGUGGAUGUUAGAGAGUUAAAACAUAUACACUGUAAAAACUAAUUAUAUAUCUAUGUAAUAUCCGAGUUAUUUUGUGUAAAUGCUCAACUGGCUCAUGUGUGUGACCCUGGUGAAAUGAUCUUUGGAGACCUCUUCCCUGUAAAGCAUAUUGAGAGUAUGUUGAAGUAUGAUAAAUAAACUUUA